UAACACUGCUUCAAACCAUUAACCAAAGUUGUUCUUGACUUGAUAGUUGAUUGCGAGCAGCGAGGUUAUUUUAUUUUCUUAACAAUUAAUGUAAACAUAAGUAAAAAUGGAAGAAAACGUUGCUUUAGAUUCAAAUAAACAAAAAGAUUUUGUGAAAUCUGUGAAAGGAAUCAAGAAACUUAUAAAGAAACAAAAUAAUAAAGAGAAACAAACCAGUAAGCCAGACUCUAAGCCCAUUAAAAAUGGAAAGAUCACAAAGAGGAAACAUCGGCCUAAAGGGCUCGUGUAUUUGGGACAUAUUCCACAUGGAUUUUAUGAGCAUGAAAUGACUCAGUACUUCAGACAGUUUGGUAUGGUGACCAAUGCCCGAGUUAUCCGUUCCAAGAGGACCGGUAAUUCAAAGGGUUAUGCAUUUGUGGAAUUUAAAGAUCCUGCCGUUGCUCAGGUUGUCGCUGAAACCAUGAACAAUUAUCUUAUGGGGAAAAGAUUAAUAAAAGCUGCAUAUAUUCCUCCUGAAAAGCAAAAGAGAUUUGCAAAGAGGAAACACUGGACUUUUGAAAAUAAUCCUGGUGUUGAAAAUAGAAAAAAGCACAAAAAGGAACAUAAUGCUGUUAAAUCGGAAGAUAAGGAUCUACAAACGGCACGGAAUAUGUUAUCAACCCUCAACAAAACCAAAAAGAAGUUGAAAGAAAUGGGUAUCGACUAUGAUUUCUUCAUGCCAGUAGAUAUUCCAGAGGGUAUAGAUUUAAAACAGAAAAAUGAAAGUCCAACACAGGCAAAUACGAAUGAGAAAAAACCUAUUGUUAAGAAAGAAGGUAAAAAAGAAAAAAAUGACAAGAAGGUAAAAGAGGAAGAAACAGAGCCUGCAAAGAAGAUAGUUGAAACUAAAUCAGGGGACAAGAAAACUAAGAAGGAAAAAUCAGUUAAACCUAGUGAACAGAAUAUUAAAGCUGAGCUUAAAGAUAAAAAAGACAUUAAAAAAAGUGUACUGAAGCAAAAAGAUACUAAAAGUGAUGAUGCUGUACAAAAGCAAAAAAGAAAAAGUUUGAAAGAUUCAAAUGUUAAAUUAUUGGAAGAUUUCAUCAAAAUUCAAGAGGAUGAUGAGGAUGGUGAUAGUGACGGUUCUCUAGAGUUUGAUUCUGAUGAAUUUGAGAAAGUAAUGGGUGAAGAUGACUCCGUUGGCUCUAGUGAUGAAAGUGAUGAACCCUUGGAUAGUGAAGUAACUUCUGAAGAUGAGGAAGAAGAAAAGGUACAAAAAAUUGUACAAGCUAAACCGAAACCUGUAGUAGCUAUCAAGAAAGCACCCAAACAAAAAAACGUUAGUCCACCUAAGAAAGGGAAAUUUGAAAAACAACCUAGUAAGAAAACUUUGAACAAAGUAAUAAAAAAGAAAAAAUAAAUUAUUUAUUUCUU